CAUGCUGGCGUGAACACGGAUUCAGCGCUAGGGUUUCGCGCGAAAUGGCGGGAACUUUUCGACAACUUUCGUAAUUCAGUACGCAAACAUAAUAAUCUUCAGAUUCUGCUAAGAAUUUAAAUAAUUUAAUUAAAACGUGAAAAAUAAUAAUAAGUUAAAUUGUUGAAGUUUAUAAACAUGUCAGAAAAGUGAUAUUUCGACAACUCUACACUUGUUUCUCCAAAUACAAUGACUAUAAAUGGAAUGGUUACGAGACAGCAUUUGAUAUCCAGUUAAUAAUAUUUACUGCCAUAAAAUUAUAUUUUUAAAAUGAAAAAGACUAAAAGAAGAGUUCAUGAGUGCUAGAGUAUCAUAGACAAAUCCGAUGUCGGGCCCGAAAGAGACCGUGUCAUAGACAAUGCACAACUUGUUUCAAGCGGCUAUAGUGUCGGCUUUAUUGCAGAUACUGUUCUCCUUUACAGCCGUGAGUGCCGUCAGCUGGGAGGAAUGGUGGACCUACGACGGUAUUUCAGGUCCAGCGUUCUGGGGCUUGAUAAACCCGGAGUGGUCGCUAUGCAACAAGGGACGGCGACAGUCACCCGUCAAUUUGGAACCAGACAAACUACUCUUCGACCCCAACCUACGCUCUUUGCACAUAGAUAAACAUAGAAUAAAUGGAUUAAUAAGCAAUACAGGCCACUCUGUAAUUUUCACCGUGGAGAAUGAGACCCGACAUCACAUCAACAUCACUGGAGGACCGCUCUCCUACAAGUACCAAUUCCAUGAAAUCCAUAUACAUUACGGAUUGCACGAUCAGUUCGGGUCAGAGCACGCCAUCAAUGGCUAUUCAUUUCCUGCAGAGAUUCAAAUAUUUGGUUUCAAUUCACAGCUUUAUUCGAACUUCUCUGAAGCUCUACACAAAGCUCAAGGAAUUGUUUCAAUCUCUUUACUUUUACAGCUUGGUGAUUUAUCAAAUCCAGAAUUACGGGUACUGACGGAGGAAUUAGAAAAUAUUAAAUACGGUGGAGCCGAGAUGCCAGUCAAUAAGUUGUCGGUCCGGGGUCUUCUGCCUGACACCGAAUAUUAUAUGACAUAUGACGGUUCCACGACCGCUCCAGCGUGCUUCGAGACCGUAACGUGGGUUAUUGUCAACAAGCCAAUAUACAUUACCAAGCAACAAUUGCAUGGCCUGAGGAGACUAAUGCAAGGAGAUGCGCGGCAUCCGAAGGCACCCCUUGGUAACAACUUCAGGCCACCGCAACCCCUGCAUCACCGUGCCGUGAGAACCAAUAUCGACUUCGAUUUGAGCAAGUAUCCUGGAAAGACUUGCCCAAGUAUGCAUCGAGACAUGCAUUAUAAAGCUAAAAGCUGGACACAAUACUGAAGAAAUUUUAAGUUGAAACGGUAGGCAUUCAUGUACACUAAAUAGUCGCUACGUAGAAGAUAUUAAUAAAAGAUAAGUAAUUGUAAAUAUAUUUUGUACAGUUCUAUGACUAUAUCUUGCUUAUGACAAAUGGAGCUAAACUUAAUACUAGGUAGGUAAGUGUAAGUAAAUAUGUAAGGCAUUGGAUAGCGCUGAAGUAUGAGUAGCUUCCGGUAGAAAAUUUAAUGUGAUGAUUAAUCGAGUUAGAUGUUACACUUGAUAUUUCAUAAAGGCCUCUAAUUAGGUAGGACAUACAUACAUAUUUUCGGAUAGAUUGUUUAAACUAUAAUGUCGAUCUCGCUGUCAGUACUUAGUACCUAAUGAAGUAGUAUUAUUAAAUAGAGAGUACAAUUAAAUAAAAUUACUCUAUUUCCAAUAAUAUAAAUUAUUAUAAACUAUACGGUUUUGUAUCCUUUACAAAAUUAGCUCUAUUGUAUUAUUAUAUCAAUCUUUUCAGAAUAUGUUUUAGUUUAUAUAUAUGUAGUUACAUACGUACAUAUCUAUCUCCUGUGAAUAGAACUUAGUGGUUGAAAUAAAAACAUAUCUGUUAAUUUUGUUUUCUCAUAUUACGGCUAUGUGUUAUAAUGUUCAAUAUAUAACAGAAUUUAGAGAUGUUAUCAUACCAAAUUAUAAGAUUACGUAAAUUAGAAUAACUAGAUAACUUUUAUGACUGUACUUAUAAAUACUAAACGAAAUUAAGUAUUUUAAUGUAACUCUAUGACAUCUAUAGCUUUAAUAAGAGGUAUGUCGUUAAGUAGGCAUACUACUGCUACCAAUGUAAUGUUACUGAAUUUCCAUGAUCCUGUAAUGUAUAUCGCCUGGCUUAUUAAGGUCCUAUUAGAACUAUUAUUAUUUGAAUAAAUUAUA